AUGGCGGUGCAAUCCAAGCUACUACCCCCGGCACGGACGGUUAGGCAAUUGAUCUUUGAGAUGACCUCUCUCUACCUAAAACAUCGAACAAAGAUUUCGCGAACCGUCUACAUAACCUUGGUCAUCGCGCUCAUUCACCGAGUCUAUAAUGCCAUCUCCGAACAGAAGGCCGCGCUUCGAAGGCAAGCCGAAUUGCGAGCCCACCAAACCGCAACUAUUGGAGAUGCGGACGCCGCGAAUACAGAGCACAAGAAGAAGAGGGUGGAGAUAAACAGAGAAUUCUUCCGCAGCCUUCUGCGCCUACUCAAGAUUGUGAUCCCGGGUCUUCGGAGUAAGGAACUACGUCUCCUGAUCAGCCACAGCGUGUUCCUGGUUCUGCGAACACUCCUCUCAUUAUAUGUUGCUGAGCUGGAUGGCAAAGUCGUCUCUGCCUUGGUCAAAGGCCGCGGUCGGGAUUUUAUAUUGGGCCUUGUAUGGUGGAUGUUGGUUGCAGUGCCUGCGACGUUUACCAAUUCGAUGUUACAGUACCACCAGACGAAACUCGCUCUCUGUUAUCGCACCCGCCUGACCAACCAUGUUCAUGAGAAGUACCUGGACAACAUGACCUUCUAUACACUCUCGGCACUGGAUGACCGGAUAAAGAAUGCAGAUCAGCUCAUUACUGUGGACGUCUCACGAUUCAGCAAUUCACUGGCAGAAUUGUACUCGAACCUUGCAAAACCAAUACUCGACAUGGUAAUCUACAAUUACUCCCUAUCCAAGUCUGUCGGCGGAGAAGGCCUGUUUGCAAUGGCAUUGCUUGUUCAGGUUUCUGCAAACGUGAUGCGAGCUCUUACACCUCCCUUUGGAAAAUAUGUUGCCGAUGAAGCCAGAUUAGAAGGAGAAUUCAGGUUCCAGCACACCAGACUUAUCGACUAUAGCGAAGAGAUUGCGCUUUACGCGGGACACGAAGCUGAGAAGGAUGGGUUGGACAAAGGCUACUUUACCCUGAUCAAGCACGUCAAUCGCAUUCUUCGGAGGAGGUUUUACCAUGGGUUUAUGGAGGAUUUCGUUAUCAAAUAUUUCUGGGGCGCUCUUGGCCUGCUCUUAUGCUCACUUCCAGUAUUCUUCAAGAUUCCUGGCCAAUCGUUGCAAAACACCGGUGAUCACACUGAAAGCUUUGUCACAAACAGAAGAAUGCUGCUUAGCAGUUCAGAUGCCUUUGGACGCCUGAUGUUCUCUUAUAAGGAGAUCACGGAGCUAGCGGGAUAUACUUCUAGAGUCUCUGGGCUCCUGGACGUCAUGGAUGAAGUAUCGGCUGGCCGAUUCCAGAAAAAGCUCGUGAGCUCAGCAAGCAUCGAAGAAAAUGCACUUGUUCUGCAGGGACGUGGUACAAUCGAAGAAUGUGAGAACAUUGAAUUCACGGAUGUGCCCAUCGUCAGUCCGAAUGGUGAUGUUCUCGUGAAGAAGUUGACAUUUCAUAUCAAGCCUGGAGACCACCUGCUAAUUGUUGGCCCCAACGGAUGUGGCAAGUCGAGCUUGUUCAGGAUCCUUGGUGGACUGUGGCCCGUGUAUGGUGGGAGUGUCAAAAAGCCCAGUUUUGAAGAUAUAUUUUAUAUUCCCCAGCGACCGUACCUUAGCAGAGGUACUUUGCGAGAUCAAAUUAUCUACCCGGAUUCUCUGUACGAAUUUCGAGCCAAGAACGGCUCAGAAGAGUUUCUAAGAGAAAUCCUCACCAUCCUGGAAAUUGAGUCAAUCAUUGACCGACCCAAUGGAUGGGACGCCAUCGAAGAAUGGAGGGAUGUCUUCUCCGGUGGCCUACAGCAACGCAUUGCCAUGGCCAGACUGUUCUAUCACAAACCGAAAUACGCCAUUCUCGACGAGUGCACAAGCUCGGUUACAUUAGAGAUGGAAAGGACCAUGUAUGAAACAGCCAAAGGCCUGGGCACCACGCUCAUGACUGUGAGCCACCGCAGAAGCUUGUGGAAGUACCACAGUGUGAUACUUCAAUUCGAUGGUCAGGGAGGUUAUGUCUUCAGCGAGCUUGAUGCCGAGCGGAGAAUCAAGCUGGAGGACGAGAAGGAAGAAUUGGAAACAAUGCUGCGUGGUGUGGAGGGCUGGGAAGCUAGACUGAAGGAGUUGGAGAGUUGA